UCGUGUGUGGACGUCGUGUGUAGUUUUGUAUUCGUAUAAAAGUUGCUCCAAAAUAGAUGUCAAAAUGUCAAAUAAGCCACUGAUUUAUGAUGGAGAAAACACCAAUGCUCCACUCCUCAGUGGUGAAACUUUCUGCGAUGAUGGAUUUUCAACGCCACUUCUAUCCAGUGGCCACUCUUUGGUUCUUCAUUUUCAUUCGGACGACACAGCCACCUUUGCAGGUUUCAAGAUUUUAUAUACAGGUGUAUGCUCUGGCCAGACGAUCACUGUACCAGUGGGAGGCAGUGGGUUCAUCGAGAGCCCUUUGUACCCAGACAUCUACCCAGGUGACAUCAGCUGUGGCUGGCUGUUGCAGACAGACCCCGGUCACCGCAUCAAUGUUAACUUUGACAAAUUGCUUCUGAACAACGACUGUGCAGCGUCUAACAUCCAGUUCUAUGAUGGUUCCAGCCAGUCAGCCAAUCUCUUGGGUCAGUUUUGUCAAACGGACAGCCCAUCUCUCUCACCGCCUAACGAUGUCAGCUCUACCACAAAUUUCUUGUACUUUUCAUUUUCUGGUGAUUCCAACCCAGUGGAUGAGAUGUUCCAACUGGUCUACUCUACUGAUAUUGAUGAUUGCGCAGGGAGUAAUGACUGCCAGAACGGUGUAUGUAGGGAUGGAGUGAACACGUACACUUGUGACUGUACAGCGGGCUACAUGGGAGAUCUCUGUGAACGAGUGGCUUACUGUGCAGACGUACCUUGUCAGUUUGGCACAUGCUAUGAAGUAGCUGAUGGGUUUACCUGUGCCUGCGACCCUGGCUACGACGGACUUACAUGUGACAACGAUAUUAAUGAAUGCUCAAGUACUCCUUGCGGUCAUGGUGGGCAGUGUGAGGAUCAAGUCAAUGGAUUCAUUUGUUCCUGUGCUGAUGGGUUUACAGACGACACUUGCCAGACAAAUAUAAAUGAAUGUGAGAGUGCACCAUGCCAGCAUGACUCGCCCUGCGUAGAUGAAGUGAACGGAUACCAGUGUUUAUGUACAGCAGGCUACGAGGGGAACCACUGCCAGACUGAUAUCAAUGAAUGUGAAAGCAACCCUUGCCUGCAUGGAUCUACAUGUCUUGAUGGACUGAAUAACUAUGAGUGUAUCUGCGUGCUGGGAUACAAUGGAAUCAACUGUGAACAAGAGUUGAAUGAAUGUGGGGAUGCACCAUGCCAGCAUGAAUCGACCUGCCUGGAUCUAGUGAAUGACUACCAAUGUAUAUGUACACCAGGGUACGAUGGAAACAACUGCCAAAAUGACAUCAAUGAAUGUGCGAGCCUCCCUUGCCAGCACGGAUCAACAUGUAAUGAUGAAGUGGAUGGUUAUGAGUGUGCAUGCCAACCAGGCUACGACGGAAUCAACUGCCAAAUUGACAUCAAUGAAUGCACAAGCCUCCCUUGCCAGCAUGGAUCAACAUGUAAUGAUGAAGUGAAUGGUUACCAGUGUGAAUGUCUACCAGGAUAUGACGGAACAAACUGCCAAAUUGAUUUGGAUGAAUGUGCAAGUAAUCCAUGCCAGAAUGGGUCACCGUGUGAGGAUCAAAUUGACGGGUACCUGUGUGAAUGUCUACCAGGCUAUGAUGGAGCCCACUGCCAAAUAGACAUCAAUGAAUGUGCGAGCCUUCCCUGUCAGCAUGGAUCAAUAUGCACUGAUGAAGUGAAUGGUUAUCAGUGUGCAUGUUUACCAGGCUACGACGGAAUCAACUGCCAAACAGAUAUCAAUGAGUGCUCCUCUAAACCAUGUGCCAAUGAUGGAGAAUGCAGUGAUCUUGUGAAUGGAUACAAAUGUAGAUGCCAAGUGGGAUACACAGGAACCAACUGCACUAUAGAUGUUGAUGAGUGUGCUAGCGAUCCUUGUUAUAAUGAUGGAGAGUGCGUGGAUCUUGUCAACAGCUACAGGUGUGUCUGCGCUGAAGGUUUCAUUGGAGACAGAUGUGAAGCUGAGGAUAUUAAGGAAGUCUGUGCUGGUGGUCAGGAUGACAUUGAAGGGAGUGGCUUAGUGUGGGAUGAAACGGAACCAGGAGAGACCAACAUCAAAGCAUGUCCAGAAGGAGUUAUUGGCAAUGCAUCCAGACUGUGUGAUGUGACGGCCAACUGGGCUAACCCAGAUCUUUCAGGAUGUGUCAGUCCAGCAUUCGCUGAGCUCAACAAUAAGGUGGAGCUACUGAAGUCCGGCAAUGCGAGUGCGUCCGACGUUCUGGACCUCGCAACCUCUCUGCAGAAUAUCACUGGAGGAGGGGAGGAGGAGGGGGCGGAGUCCAAAAAGAUCUACCCUGGGGACAUGGAUAUCGCUGCAAAAAGCUUUGGUGUGAUCGCUGGGGCAACCGGCUCGGCCAAAGGUCUUGAUGUGGACACUGCAAAAGACCUAACUAUGGCAUGCGCAGGAACUUUUGAUAAUGUGGCUGAUGAAUCACAGCUCCAUGCCUGGAAGAAUGCCAACAAUCCUGGCAAAGUAGCUUCCAGUGUGACAGAGAUGAUGGGCUCUAUGGAGGCCAUAGUGGAUGUGGUAGUCAGACAAGACGCUAAGACAAGGAACAGUAGUCAGAGCUAUGAUAACUCCACAGAAGAAGAAACUAUUCUGCUUAUCAAGGAAAAGAAUCUGGAGAUUCAAGUCAAGACGUGGAGCGACCAAGAUAAGGAAUCGACAGGAGUGAUUGAGACAGAUGAAGAUGGUCAGCCCCUCAGUAGGGUGGAGCUACCUGCAGAUCUAUUAGAUUGGGCAGAUGAGGUUAAUAGCACAGGUCCUGUUAGAAUCAUGACGGCUAAGUAUAAAUCUGCAGGAGAUCUUUUGACUCUGGAAAGUUCAGCUGCCGAAAAUGAAAGCAGAUCGGACUUUGUCAAUACCAACGUCCUCUCAGUGAAGGUGUUGGGACUACCGGAGGACAACUUUCAGGUAUUGGCGUCACCAGUAAGACUGGUCUUCAAGCAUAAAGAGACUGGAGCCAAUAAUUCACGCUGUGUCUACCUCAACAUGACUUCUACAGAUGCUGAAACUCGCUGGAGCAAUGUUGGAUGUUAUGUCAAGUCCGCCAAUGCUACACAUACAGUGUGUGAAUGCACUCAUCUGACUAACUUUGCUAUACUCAUGGACGUCCACGGAGUGCACGAUAAGAUUGCUGUGGGUCAUCAAACUGCUCUGUCCGUCUUGUCAUACAUCGGUGGCACUUUAUCUGUCUUAGGUUGCUUCUUCUCCAUCAUCAUCUAUCAGUUCUUCAGGUUGAAAUCAGAUCGUAUCCGAGUGCAUGAGAAUCUGGCUGCUACCAUCGCUCUCUCCCAACUCAUAUUCCUGGUUGGCAUUGAGAGAAAUGAAGUUCAGUGGGUGUGUAAGGUGAUUGCUAUUGUACUACACUACUCUCUGACUGCCAUGUUCUGCUGGAUGUUGGUAGAGGGAAUCCAACUGUAUCUAGCCCUGGUUCAUGUCUUUGGAUCCUCUAGUCACAUCAAGAAAUAUCUCCUGCUUGGUUGGGGUGAGUAG